AUGGAAGGAGUGAAGGACAUAAAAGAACUAAAACAGUUGACCUUGUUUCCAGAAACAGAAAAAAGCGAAGCAAGUAAUGAAAGGAAAGAAAGAAGGAAGAAAAUGAAGAAGAUAGUGGUGAUUGGUUAUGACGGUGAUAAUAAAGGAGAAGAAGGAGCACCAGAAGUAGCAGUAGAAGAAAGAGGAAUGUGGGCUGAGCUCUGA